AUGGCUCGGCAGGAGGCGAAGCCCCCGGGCCCGAGGGCCGCCGGGCGGGCAGCGGCGGGGCGCAGGCGCCGGAGCGGACAGCGCCGGCUCGGCCGGGCCGGCGGGAAAGCCGCGUGCAGCCCGGUAGUAGGAUGCUCGGGGCCGGCGCGGGCUCCCCGCACCACCGCGUCUCGGAAUGCGCCGCCGCCGCCGCCACCGCCGCCGCUGCUGCUGCUGGGACUCCUGCUGCUGGCGGCUCUCCCCGAACCCUGCCGGACCGCCCCGGGGACUGGCCACCUGCAGACCACGGGCACCCCCACGCCAGAGCCCUUUGCUCCGGGGAAACUGCUGCCGAUGUCACCAACAUGGCCUUUCUCCGAAGUCCCGUCUCCGGGGCCCCGGCCGAGGACGGUGCUGGCCCCCGUGGACAACGGGAGCGCCCCGCAGCAGCAGCUGGACCCCGCCGUACAGUUCCCGCCCUCCUCGCUCCAGAGAAGUGGACAGAGCAGCGCCGCCCCUGGGCCACCGCUGGACCCCGCGACCCUGCUCCAACCCAGACCUCUCGGGGGACAGGCCGCCGCCCCGUCAGGUUGGCCUCCCACCAGCAUGCAAUCCCCGGAGCCCAACCCAAGAGCUGCCCUCCCUUCCCCGCCGUCCAGGGCAGCAACUCCUUCCGUGUCCAGCCGCCCGUCCUCCGUGAACCCAGAGCUCCUCUCUCCUUUCCGCACUGGCCCUUCCCCUGCAGUGCCCUGCCCCAGCAGCCCCUCCAAGCCAGAGCCUGUGUCCUCCCCAGAAGCCCUGCCUGACCCCUCCUCACUCCAGAAGGUGGCACAAACCCUAAAUCCGUUUGCUGACCAGAGGACCCACCGUCCACCCUGGCGAACCAGGCUUUUGAGAGGCACCCUUGGUCUAGGCGACCCACGUUCCUCAGAGGAGCUGUCUUGGGCGCCGUCCCCUAUUCUGUCCAGAGGCCACCUCACUCCCCAGUUUGGGCCAACACCCGUCCAUCUGUCCCCGCACCCCCAAGCCCCUGCAAAUGGUCUUUCGAUUUGGGGGGGAACUCCCUUCUGGCCCAUGUCAGGAGACGCAUCUAAUCCUGCCUCCCGUGGGCCUGCCCAAGCUGAGGUGGCCCCCAGCGGGCCCACCAGGGUGUCUCUGACCACCCUGAAGCACAGUGCAGCCGGGAGUCACCAGGCCCAGCCAACUCUUUCCCAGAUGGCAGCAGAGUCUGUGGUGGUAGAAAUGUCCAGUAGGAAGCGCCCCACAGCCACUGCGAAGGACUCUGCUCACUCACUUCCUUUGUCAGCCGUUCCAGAAAAUUCCAAAGGGCCUCCUGCCCUCUCUGCAGAACGCACACUGUCCUCUCUGGUGACUUCUCUGCCUCUCACCAAAGCUGGCCCCGGGCAAACUCCCAUGUCCGGGGCCGGGCCAGGGCCACCGUGGGAUUCGGCAGGAGCAGCUGUAUCCUCCGCUCGGACUUCCCUGCAGCAGCCGCAGGAUCUGGUCUCUCCCCUGGCCGCUCCCCCAAUGCCAACUCCGCGGGAAGAGGACAGCGACAGAGCCCCUCCGACUGCAGCUACAGACGUCCCCCUCUCCAGCAGAUUUCCCAAGUAUCUCUCCACAAUGUGGACACUUGCCCCGCAGGAGGAGGAGAGCGAGACCGUCACUGGAGGGAAAAAGCAAAGGGCCAACCUGACCAUCCGCACUCUCCAGAGCCUUCCAAGUGGAAGGAUGACAAAUCUUCACGCAGCGAAUGGACUCAUCUCUGAUUUUAGCACAGAUCCCACUUCACCUGCUGCGGUCUUAGCACACAGAGGGAGCCUCCUUCCUUCAGAAUUACCUUCACUGUCCCUUUCCUCUAGACACGCCACCCAGACUCUUUCUUCCAACACCCGGCUGGAGACUCCCGCAGCUGCGAGGGACCAUUCUGCAUUGCCAGGUCCAGCUUCCAAACAGGUGACAGCAGUUCCCUCCUCUGCCGAGGGCUAUGAUUUCUCAACAAUGGGAGUCAGGAAAAAGCCAGCAAUCACAGAUGUUUUCUGGAGUUCUUUUUCAGCAGGACCUGGAUCCCUUUCCCCAGAACCCAUGAAAUCUGGCUCUCCUCGGCAAACAAAUGAUGAUUUCAAUGGGCCCACAAUUAACUCCACAAGUUCAGAGACUCAUUCAGCCUCAGCUACUCCUCCCCCUAGUUUCACUUCAGCUGCCAGUACAAUAAACUUUGAGGAUUUCAAUGAUGCGGCUGGGCAUUUUGCAACGACAGAAGGCUUUAGCAUGCACGAUUCAGUCCCUGGUACAAGCACCAACCAGCCUGCUCAACAGUCAGAUGUUCCUUUGCUUGGAGACCAGGCAGACAUUCUGUCCACAAGCAAUAACAACGCUUCCAGAAACUUCCAACCUUCUGAGUUUGAAGAGUCCCCAUCCACAAGUUCUGUGUCUCAUUCCCUUGCAUCCACACAUCCUUUCUCGCUAACUUCUCCAGGUAGACCUUCCUCAGCUAGCUGGCAGGACAUGCUUUCAGAUGGCAUGGAUACAACUGCCCAAUUUGUCAGAAACACUUUUCCAUCUCCUGUGAUAAAUGACGCCACCGUGUUCCAAGGCAUCACGAAAUAUCACUCUACUACUACCGAAUCUCCUCUCUCAAACAAUGCCUUAUUCCGCACCCCGUCCAAAGAGCUGCUGGCUCCUCAGCGCCCCAGGAAAGGGACAGGUGCCGCCAUUAAUGCAGUGGACUCCUCGGUGCCAUCCAAGGCUGAGCCGACAGCAGCCAGUGCUCCGUUGUUCCUGAGGAAAGCAAGUCCACCAGCGCUGUCUGCAGCCCUUGUUGCCAAGGGCACCGGUAGCAGCCUUUCGGCCUCAGGAUUGGUCAAGAGCAGUUUGACCGCAGCCCUGGUUAAAAAUGUCACAAGCAGCGUAGCCUCCAGCCCCAAGGUGACCCCUGGGACUGUCUAUCCGGCCUUCUCAUUCACACCAACCUACAUGUUUGCCAGAACAUCACACACCAUGAGUGCUCACACAGCCAUGCCAGGGAACACGGGUGCUGCCUUGGGCCUGGUGUCCACAACACUCCCCCCCAGGAAACCACAAGCCAUGCACACAGGCCUUCCAAACCCCACCCCCCCAGGCAUCCCUAGGGGGACCACCACUCGUUCGCUGACAAUCACAGCAGCCUUGACCUCCAUCACUGCCCCGGGAAGGGCCACUCGGUUGCCCCCCGUGCUGGCAGAAAACACAGAUACGGCUCUUCCUGCUGUGUCCACUGCAGUGGUCACGACGGGAAAAAUCACAUCCAAUCUGGAAUGUCAGAUGUCCAGUAAGCUCCUGGUGAAGACAGUUCUCUUUGUGACCCAAAGGAGAAUGCAGAUCAGUGAAUCCUUGAGGCUCAACGUAGCCAAAGGGCUCACACAGGCAUUGAGGAAGGCUUUUCACCAGAACGACAUCUCAGCGCACGUGGAUAUUCUGGAACAUUCUCAUAAUGUCACGGUUGGUUAUUAUGCUACCAAAGGAAGACUCGUGUACUUACCUGCUGUAGUGAUGGAAAUGUUGAGUAUUUAUGGAAUCAGCAAUGUCACUGCAGAUCUGAAGCAACAUACACCUAAUUUGCAGUCUGUGGCAGUACUUGCUUCCCCAUGGAAUGCCCAGCCUGCUGGCUACUUCCAGUUAAAGACAGUUCUGCAGUUUGUAAGCCAAUCUGACAACAUACAGUCCUGCAAAUUUGCUCAGACAAUGGAACACAGGCUGCAGAAGGCCUUCCAGGAUGCUGAGAGGAAAGUCCUGAACACCAAGAGCAACUUGACUAUUCAGAUUGUCAGCACAUCCAACGCCUCCCAGACAGUCACGCUGGUGUAUGUGGUGGGCAAUCGGAGCUCGUUCCUCAACGGCACGGUCGCCAGCAGCCUCCUCCGCCAGCUCUCGGCCGAGCUGGUGGGGUUCUACCUCACCUACCCGCCGCUCACCAUUGCAGAACCGCUGGAAUAUCCCAACCUUGACAUAUCAGAAACAACCAGAGACUAUUGGGUAAUUACAGUGCUGCAGGGUGUGGACAAUUCACUGGUGGGCCUGCACAACCAGAGCUUCGCCCGGGUCAUGGAGCAGCGUCUAGCCCAGCUCUUCAUGAUGUCCCAGCAGCAAGGCCGGAGAUUUAAGCGGGCCACCACCUUGGGGAGCUACACUGUGCAGAUGGUCAAGAUGCAGCGGGUACCAGGACCCAAGGACCCAGCAGAGCUCACUUACUACACCCUGUACAACGGGAAGCCACUGUUGGGCACUGCAGCUGCCAAGAUCCUCAGCACCAUUGACUCCCAGAGAAUGGCGCUCACCCUCCAUCACGUUGUCCUUCUGCAAGCUGACCCGGUGGUGAAGAACCCACCCAACAACCUGUGGAUCAUCGCCGCAGUGCUGGCACCCAUCGCUGUGGUCACAGUCAUCAUCAUCAUCAUCACUGCUGUGCUCUGCCGGAAGAACAAGAAUGACUUCAAACCAGACACCAUGAUGAACCUGCCACAGAGAGCAAAGCCGGUGCAAGGUUUUGAUUACGCCAAGCAGCACCUGGGCCAGCAAGGGGCCGAUGAAGAAGUGGUCCCGGUGACACAGGAAACGGUGGUGCUCCCCCUCCCUGCAAGAGAUGCUCCCACCUCCCAGGAAAGGGACGUCGCCCAAGAUGGCAGUACCAUCAAGACGGCCAAGUCAACUGAAACCAGAAAGAGCAGGUCGCCCAGUGAGAAUGGCUCUGUCCUCAGCAACGAAUCAGGGAAGCCCAGCACCGGAAGGCGCUCUCCCCAGAAUGUAAUGGCACAGCAGAAAGUGACAAAGGAGGAGGCCCGGAAGAGAAAUGUGCCAGCCAGUGAUGACGAGGAAGGAGUAGUUCGUUUUGACAACGGCAAAGCCACCGCUGAGCCCUUCGACGCAACUUCUGGAUCAGUGCAGCUCAUCGCUGUAAAACCCACAGCCCUCCCGGUGGUGCACCCCACUUCAGACAGGAGCCAGGAACCUGCAGUCCUCAAUGGUGAGGUGAACAAAGCCCUGAAACAGAAGUCAGACAUCGAGCACUAUCGGAACAAGCUGCGCCUGAAAGCCAAGAGGAAGGGCUAUUACGACUUCCCCCCGGUGGAGGCCAACAAAGCACAGACAGAGAGAAAAAAGAUGUAUGAGAAAGCCCCCAAGGACGUGGAGCACGUUUUGGAUCCAGACCCAGAGCUGUGUGCCCCGUUCACGGAGGCUAAAAACAGGCAACAGAUGAAAAACUCUGUCUACCGAAGCCGGCAGUCUCUGAACAGCCCAAGUCCAGGAGAAACAGAGAUGGACCUUCUGGUUACUCGGGAGCGACCCCGGCGUGGAAUUCGUAAUAGCGGAUAUGACACUGAGCCGGAAAUCAUCGAGGAAACCAACAUCGACCGCGUGAAUGAGUCCCGGGGCUACAGCAGGUCUCGGCAGGUGAAGGGCCACUCAGAGACAUCCACGCUGAGCUCGCAGCCGUCCAUCGACGAGGUCAGGCAGCAGAUGCACCUGCUGCUGGAGGAGGCCUUCAGCCUGGCAUCCUCAGGCCACGCAGGCCAGAGCCGGCACCCGGAGGUCUAUGGCUCCACCCAGCAUCUGCCCUACUCGGAGGUGGUGACUAGUGCGCCGGGAACCAUGACGAGACCCAGGGCUGGGGUGCAGUGGGUGCCAACCUACCGCCCAGAAAUGUACCAGUACAGUCUGCCCCGGCCAGCCUACCGGUUUUCCCAGCUUCCUGAAAUGGUCAUGGGUUCUCCGCCUCCACCGGUACCUCCUCGGACUGGCCCUGUGGCUGUCACGUCUCUUAGGCGGUCCACCUCGGACGUGGGCAGCAAAACCAGGAUGACCGAUUCGACGGGGCCUGAGGCAGCCCCCCUGCACGACAGUGGCUCCUUCGCCCAGGUGUCCCGAGGCCAAGUGUCCGUGGCACAGUUGGAUCAGUCGGCCUUAAAUUACUCAGGUAAUACAGUGCCGGCUGUGUUUGCCAUCCCAGCUGCCAACCGCCCCGGCUUUACUGGCUACUUCAUUCCGACGCCUCCCUCCUCCUACAGGAACCAGGCCUGGAUGUCCUAUGCAGGGGAGAAUGAGCUCCCGAGCCAGUGGGCCGAUUCGGUCCCUCUGCCCGGGUACAUCGAGGCUUACCCACGCUCACGUUAUCAGCAGAGCUCACCCUCCAGGCUCCAUCGUCAGUACAGCCAGCCGAGCAGCAUGCACCCCAGCUUGGAGCAGGGCCCAGUGCCCUCCACGGCAGCGUCCCAACAGAGCCUGACAGAGAAUGACCCACCCGAUACCCCCCUGACCAACAUCUCCACGGCAGCCCUCGUCAAGGCCAUCCGGGAAGAGGUGGCCAAGCUGGCCAAGAAACAGACAGACAUGUUUGAGUUCCAGGUCUAAGGCCAUAGGCCUGUAUGGACUUAACAUGGCAGGCUUUGAACAAGAGCCUAUGGCUUUCUCCAACUGGACUUGUCGGGACUUGAGACAGAGACUUUGUGUGAGUCCCUCUCAUCCCUAGUUUCUGAAAAAGGUGAACAUUGAGGCUUCAGGGAAACAGAGGACUCUCUCAGAUGCCUGGAUUCUUGGUUUAUUCAACUGAUCGUGCUUCAAGAAUUCCCUGCGUGGAACCAUAUGUCUGAUAUUCGCUUGUGUUAAAUGUUGGAACUGUGGGUGUAUUUCCCUAGGGGGCCUUAGUCACAAGAGACCUAAAUUAUCUGCAGAUUCCUGUGUGAUGCCACUUUUGAACAAAUCACCAGAAGGCGGGAGAACUAGCUCUAUCUUCGGUGACCUCUGCAUGUUAACUGUUUCUGUUUAAAGGCAAUACAGGUGUGUAAUUAAGCACCAGACUCUACUCGCUCUCACUCAGCCGUGACUGUCAUCCUUCAAAUCACCUCGGGUCUAUAAGGGAGGCACACACGCCAGCCAAGAAACUUGAGCCCUUUGCUUUGAAAGGUUCAUAUUCAAAGUCAAAUGAAUUGGAUGAAAAUCAGUUUGCUCCAUGACUGCCCCUAUAAAUAGUGCUGACUCUUUAAAUCCCCCAGUUACUAAACGAAGGCCAAGAAAGGAGAGAAGCUGAGAGAGAAGCUUGGCUUUGUGUUGACAACUUUCCGAAAGAGUGUUGUCAUUUUGGAAAUAGAGCACCCUGCAAGCUGGGAUCUAACCGAAAGAGCAUCAAUGCUGAGAGCUUUUAGGAUCCUAUGAAAGAACAGUUGCUGGUGAGGAUUCUUCUUUGCCCUGCAGAGAAGAUAUCCCGAGAAUGAAGCUUUUCUCUUCAGAGGGGUGGGGUGGGUGUGGGUUAAUAGAUACAUGAGCGUUGACAAGGGAAGCACUAUCUUUUCCACAAUGACAUCCAGCAUGCUGCUACAAAAGAAAAAUGGUCACAGAGGCCUGUUCUGAAUAGGAACGGUGGAUCCAGUCUCCCCGGGCUGCAGCCUCUGUUUAUAGGAGCUUCUGAAUAUAGAAAAUCUGUUGGCUUACAUUUCAGUGUAAAUAUCAUUUUAAGAAGUGUACGGAGUUAGCUCGUCCCCUCUCUGCCCUGUAGUUAGGGGCACAGGAGGACUCCCACUGAAAUGGCAGGGCUGCUGACCCUGUGACCAAAAUGUGGCAAGCCUCCUCCUUGUUGCAGCUG